AUGACUGCUACAGAGACGAUACAACUACACGUGAUAACCUAUUUGACAAACGGAAGUGUACAUUUCACUGCGGAGAACUACGCACAACAUGGUCUUCCAAGUCUCGAAAAUGGUGGUUUACAACGACGACACAUUGAUUGUCUAUCAGACUACGGUACUUGUGUGGAUGCUCAAUGGCACCAGUUAAGACAAGCGGUUGUCAAAAACUCGCUUGUCAUUAGCCUGGACAAUCAACCACCCAUUACUUACAUAGUACCGUACACCACUUCACGUCUAUCCAUCCAAGCCGUACACCUGGGUUUCAGACCAACUACACCGGAUAUGAAACUUUUUGGAUCCAGUCUAAUUGUCCCCAGACAACGAUUCAAAGGUUGCAUGCGACGGCUAUUUUACAAAACGCGGGAUCAAAAGCUACCCCUAUUAUCUGUGGAGAAACAGAACAUUGUAGAGGUUCAUCUGAGUCGUUGUGAAGUUAAAGAAGAGUGUGGUGUCGAAUUGCUCAAUCCACCUGUACAACGAAUUCCGUACACCUGGUCUCAUCGAUCUGGAACGGAAUAUGUGUCAUUCCGUCGACCCGGUGGUUACAUUCGCGUCCCCGGUUGGCAUGUUGUCCUCACCGGUGAAGUUUCCUUUCGAUUCCGUACGAAGGAACUGAACGGUUUACUUAUCUACAGCUCAUCAGUCAAUCAAUACGAGUUGACUGACUAUGCCGAAUGGACCACUCUCACAGAACCCAUUCCCGGCGGAGGAAAAGCUGGGUUUGAUAUUUUCGCACUAGAACUACGCGACGGACAUUUAUUCUGUGUGAUAAACACAGGUUCCGGCUCGUUACAACUCGGCCAAACCAGUGUGAACAAAAAAAUGAAAAGUGUGACAUUCCUGGCAGAUGGGAAAGAACACCGUGUGAAAAUACAAUUUCACGAAGGUUCACUAGCCGUGGAGGUUGACGAUCGAAAUUACAUGGCUUAUACGGCUGAUGAGAAAAUGUAUAAAUAUCUAAAUCUGAAUGGUGUAUUCUACAUCGGCGGGGUUCCGGAACCUAUACGUCGAGUGAGCUCUUUCAUAUCCCCCGAGGUCUGGUCAACACGCCUUCGAUGGGAUUACAUAGGGUGUUUGGGCGAGUUGCGCGUCGACGGGCGUCUGUGGGACGUGGACCUGGAGCGGCGAGCUUGCUGGGCACGGGAACAUGUGGAGGCUCACUGUGAGACCAGAUCGAUCACACAAGGGCAGUGCAGUCGAGAUUCAUGUGCGAAUGGCGGACGGUGUAUAAACGGUUGGGAUCGAUUUGUGUGUGACUGUUUUGAUACACAUUUUAUCGGACAAACGUGCUCAGAAGAACCAAUUGUGGCUGAGUUCAACGGGCACCAGUGGAUUUCCGUUUCAUUCAGUCCGUUUCCGGUGCAAUCAACGGUGGAAGACCUGGUUAUACGAUUCCAGACCAAACAGAAAAGUGCCCUGCUCCUGACCACACGAAGUCCAUCUCUGGCUGCCUCAGAUUGCCUAGAGCUUCGAAUUAACGCGGGCUACGUACAGCUUAUGUAUGACUUCGGCGAGGAAAGUAAGUCACGUGACAAACAAAUGUCAUUUUUGAUCUGCAUAAACUUACCAGAUAUUCCCAAAGAUGGCCGAUUCCUGUCGCACAAACAAAUUAUCCUCGGUCGAAGCUCAAAAAUAGCAGAACCAAACUCGGUGGAUGCGUUUCCUGAUCGACCAGUCGUUCUUCCUCCGGCGCAGAUCAAGCUCACUAUGUUUAUUGGGAAUAUAAUGGCUUUCUGGUUCAACGGAUUAGAUUUUCUACAAGUGGCAAAGCACCUACUGACUCGGACCGCUUUCGGUGUCUGGCGAGACCGGUUGGAAGUGACUGCAUCGGAACGGUUACUGACACCGGGGCAAAUGUUGCUGGAAUUUCCACUCUCGCUGGAGACGCACGACUCUUAUGUACAGAUGGAGCUAUCCGGCGAGUAUGAUCAAUUUGUUUUGGAGUUUUGGUUGAAAGCAGACAAGGUGAGCUUGUGA